GCAGAGGGGCUUUACUCUCGCGACUCUGGAAUUAUGAACAGCGCUGGUCCGACCAGCAUCUUUUUUUGAACAUUAUUCUCACAGAUCUGAGACCAUGGAGUUCGGGACCCGCAUUUUCAUCGCAUUCCUCGUUUCCCAGUUUCAGGUUGUAUGCACUGGAUCGCAGGAAGAGGAAGAGAAGGCUGAAUGUGUUCCGGGAUUUCAGGAGAAGGAGUACCAGGUGAAGUACAGUGGAGAGUUCCUCAAAGACAUUCCUCUGCUGCAAGUGGUGUUUGAAGACUGCGCUGGAAAUGAGGGUGUGGAGUUUGAAGUAUCAAACCCUGACUUCCUAAUAGACGAGAAAUUGAAUCUGGUUCCCAGAAGAGACGUGAUUGACAGCGGAGAUGUCAUGUUUGUCCAUGGUGUCAACAAUCAUGUCGAUGACAUGGCACAAGUGACCAUUAUGGGAGCACCUUCCAGAUCUCCUCAGACACUCAGGGAGAUCCUGGGUCUGUCAGACAUGAUGCCAUACCGAUCCAAAAGAUCCCUGCUGGUGCCCCCCAUGUUUGUUCCAGAGAACCAGCGAGCCCCCUUCCCAAGGUUAAUUGGAAAGGUCUCUAGUUUUUCAAGGACCUCUGAGACCAAAGAUGGGGCAGAAAAGAAAGCAAGCAUAGAGGAAAAAUUGUAG